AUGGUGGUGCUGAGGGUGCGUGACGUAUACGCGGUCAGCGGUAUAUACGUGAACAAUCACAAAAUAGACAAGUUCGAGACGGAUCGCGUUAAGCUGAUACGUCCAGCGGACACCAGCACCCGGGAACCGUCGCAUUACGUCAGCAAGCAGGGUUUGCUAACUAAAGACACUUUCACCAGCGCGCAGCAGUACUAUCAGUACCUCGUGGGUGAAGAUCCCGUCAACUACAUCGAUCUGCUGUGGGGCAAGAACAAAACCCAGCUCCCGUCGAUAUUUCGCGUCGGUGGUGUUUCCUCGGCCAAUUAUCAGUUAACGACCGCCGCACCACCAGCUACCGCCAGCAGUCCGACCAGACUCACCCUCAACUAUUCCGAUGAUCAAUCGCCAAUCAAAAACACGCUCAACAACACGAACCUUGCCUACUUGGGGGAUUACCAACGUCCACAAUCAGCACAGUCAGGUGUGGUCACCGCGUUGCCGGUUUCCACCGUCCGGUCACCAACAAACCCCACUCGAAGGCGACGCAGGAAGAGGCCAACUGCUGCACCGUCCGCCCAGCAGGUGUUGCUUCCAACGGCGCUCGGCGUACCAUUGCCGGAAGGCACCAAGGCUGUACUAACGCCCGAGACGCUAUCCCUGUUAAGCCGGUACUACUCCUUCAGCUGCACCCUGACACCUGUGCAACCGACGCCGUCGGCGUCUCCGACCUCGUCCACCGUUCUGCCACCGAGCAGCACGACGCGCCGCACGAAGACGCGCUACCUCACCACGGUAAAACCCACCGCCAAGCGACCAAAACCCAGCACCGGCCCGGGUGGCGUCAAACAAAAGAAGCCCGUCGUGUACGUGGACCCGCCGGUGAUAAAGCGCAUCGGUGGCGUGCUCGAGUCGGUGUACGCGUUUAUGGAGAAUGCCCUCACCAGCACCGAGUACGUGGAGGACUCCGGUGAGACACGUGCGGCGAAGAGCACCAACACGUCCAAGCGCGCCAAAGUCAAGCGGAACACCAAGUCGCCGCUCGGUGUGCAAGAGUACGGUGGCGACGCAUCCGGUGGGAUGGACGGGACGGCCACACACGCGGACACCGAGCAAACCUGGCUGCCGGUCGGGAAUGAAGAUGUGGCGAAACUUCCCAAACAAAUCACGCCCAAGCUGGUCACCAUUACCGGACUUCCCUCGACGCUCAGCACGGACGGGAACAAGAACAAAAUGACCACCAACAUACAGGUGACGAGCGAGUAUACGGCGGCGACCCCGCCGACCGUAACGCUCGGCAAACCACGGCCCGAUGACAGCGACGACUACGAGGACAGCAGCGAGGACGAAUCGGAAGAGGACUACUUCGACGGGUUCGGCGGUUUCGAAGAAGCGACCGACGAAGACGACGACGAUGAGGAUGAGGAGGAUGAGGAGGAUGAGGAGGAUGAGGUGUACGGUGUGGGUGGCGGUGGUCCGGUCCGGCCCAACCGUCAGACAGCGCUCACCAACGACAAGGAUUACGAGGACGUUGUCCCACCCGUGGAACGCCCGGUGCGCAUCAAGCGGGUGAAGAAGCGGCGCAGAAAGCAGCGCCCGGCGGCCAGCUACGAGGACACGGCCGAGUACAGCGACGAGGAGGGUUCCGAGGAGCCGGAAGACGAGUACGACGACCGGGAUGAGUCGAACGGGGAGGAGGACGACGAGGACGAGUCGGGCGAGUCGCCGGACGAUGCGGACGGCUUCUUCAGCCGGAUGUUCGCCACGUUCGGGCGGUUCGUGCGGUCGCUUGGUUUCGGGGCGGCGGCACGUGGCACACCGGACGACGACGAUGAUUAUUACGGUGGGAAUGCGCGCAGUACCACGCCGCGUGUGCUGGGUGUGCGUCGGCGUCCCACGCGCAGCACCGCGGCAGAUGCCUCGCCGAUGACACCCAGCCGGCUGGCAGUGCGCACCCCGGGACAAUGGUUUGGUAUGGCGGGAUCUUAUCUGUCGAACGACAUCGAGGAGGAGGCUGCCGUUGGGGAAGGCGUUCCACCGUCGGAAUUUCCCGCCGUUACUGCGCCGUCAACCGCCACCUCCGCCGGGUGGUUCGAUUUGAUGAUGCCUUGGGAGUUUUUCAAUCCCUGGACAUCGGGUGAAGCGUCCGCGGAUGACGAGGAGCUCACGGCCGCACCUGUUACGGCCGUACCGGAAGUGCCACCAACACCGCCAGUGUCCUCACCGGUGGCUGGAUGGUUGUCACAGCUGUUCGUUGCUAGUACGACAAAGCCUCCAGCGGCAACUGCUGCGUUGCCGAAGCCAGACCAACUGCUCUCGGCGUUGGCACAGUAUGUCGCACAAACUGCCACAACCGAGCGGCCUGCAGAGCAUCCACCCCGACCAGUACCCUACAGCAACUAUCAACUUUGGCGCAUCUUCGUCCACACCGAGGACCAGCUGGAGCGGCUGGAGGACUAUCGGCAGUCUCCGGACGGGGUGCGGCUGCAGUGGUGGAGCGCUCCCUCAGCAGUGCGCCCGACGGAUGUGCUGGUGCCACCCGGUGCACAGGGCGCCUCCUUGCGCGAGUUCCUGGAGGAGGAGGGACUGCGGUACGAGCCCACGAUACGCGAUGUGGGACAGGCGAUUGCGUACGAGAACCCACGCCCGACACGCCGCGAACAGAUGGAGAUGGAACUGCUGCACGGUCACCCACUCACCUGGUACCGGUACCAUCGGUAUGGCGAUAUCGUCAAGUUCGUGCACUACCUGCAGCGACGACAUCCCCGGCACGUGCAGCUGCUGCAUAUAGGCCGCUCGUACGAAGGGCGCCCCGUGACGGUGGUGCGCGUAUCACCCGGACCCCAGCGACCGAAACGGUCCAAGAAAAGGCCGGCAGUGUUUGUGGAAGCCGGCGCCCACGGUCACGAGUGGAUCGGGCCGGCCGUUGCCACGUGGCUGCUGAACCGGCUGCUGGAGAUGCCCGACAUGCCGCACGGGAACGGCACACCGUCCGCCGAUUUGAAGAUGAUGCAGUCGUACGACUGGUACGUGCUGCCGGUGCUGAACCCGGACGGGUACGAGUACAGCCACCGGCACGACCGGCUGUGGUCCAAGAAUCGCUCAAACCAAACACAACACCCGCCGGCCGGUGUGGGACAGGCACUCCUGUCAAGCGCGCUCAACUGGUGGAAUGCGCACAAACCGCAACUCGUCGAGGACAGCUGCUACGGCGUUGACCUGAACCGCAACUGGGCGUACCGGUGGCAGCAAGCAUCGGACCCGGUGUACCGCAAUCCGUGCAGUGACGGGUACGCCGGCACCGAACCGUUCUCCGAGCCGGAAUCUCGCGCGUUGCGCGACUUUCUCCUCACCAGACGGCGCAACGUUCGGCUCUACCUGUCACUGCAGGCGUACGGCCAGGUGUUGGCCUACCCCGACGUCGACAGCAUUACCACCGGCGACCGGGUGCGGUACGGGCCGGAAACGCUCGGCGACGUGCACGAGAUGGCGUCGGUCGGUUUGGAGGCGAUGCGCGGCGAGGCUGGCGAGUUUUUGUACCACCUCGAACCGGAAGCGGGCCCGCGGACGUACGGCACGGCGGCCGGUUAUGCGCGGCACGGUGCAGGUAUACGGUACAGCUACACCUUGCGCCUGCCGGAUACAGGGACGCACGGUUUGUUGCUUCCGCCCUCGGGCAUUGUGCCGAUCGGGCGCGAUCUGUACGAGCUGCUCAAAGGUAUGAUCGAGUAUAGUUAA